AUGUCGGAUUCUAGAAAUGACUCUGAAUCUUUCAGUAAACAUGAUCGUUCUGUCAGUACUCAGAGAUCAUUAAUGUCUUUUUUUGUAAAGAAAAUUCGUUCAGAUGAAGUGCAAGAUCGAUCUAAAGUAAAUAAUGAAGAAAAUGUAAGUACUAGUAAUGUUAUUUCUGCAGCUGUACGUGAUAGUAGUUCUAAAGAUUUACAAACCGACGUUGACAAUCAAGUACAAAAAAAUAUUUUUGCUGAUGCAUUAGAUAUUGGUAACUUUAUUGACAGUCAAAGUUCAAAAUUAAGUAAUGAUAAAAAAUAUCUUGCAUUGACAAAAAUAUGGAGACCGGAUAUUUUAUAUAAUUUUCCCAAAGAUAAAGAUUCAAGAAAAUUUCAAUUAAAAUGGCUUAACGAUUUUCCGUGGUUAUCUUAUAGUCAAAAACACGAAGGGGUUUAUUGUAGAACUUGUGUGUUAUUUUCUCGUGAUGUAGUAGGGAAAAGUAAAGAAAAUGCAGGUCAAUUAUGCACUAAGCCAUUAAAUAAGUACAAAAAAGCUCUCGAACUGUUUAAAAAACAUUCAAAUAACGAUUAUCAUAAAUUUUCAAUUAUCAAAGCGGAUGAUUUUAAAAAUGUUGUCGAAUCUACUGAAAAAGACCUUUUGAAAUUUCGUAUAGAUUCAGGUGAUGAUGUUUUGAAAAACCAUCUUCAAAAUUGUCCGAAAAAUUCUAAUUUUAUUAGUAAAACAACACAGAACGAUUUGAUCGAUUGCUGUGCUAGUGUAAUUCUUGGUAAAAUUGUAAAUGCUAUUAAAGAAUCAAAAUAUUUCUCAAUACUUGUUGAUGAAACAACCGAUAUAAGUACUAGUAAACAAUUAGUUUUGUGCAUUUGCUAUGUUUUUCAUAAUAAAGUGCAAGAAGAUUUCUUAAAAUUAAUUAUUGUUGAAAAUACAACUGGUUAUAAUCUAUUAUCUAAAGUAAUACUACGCCAAUUAGAUGACUUGGGGCUUAAUAUAAAAUAUUUGCGUGGUCAAUGCUACGACGGAGGCACACGUCAUAGAUUUUUUUUAACAAAUAUUGAUGGAUGA